AAGAAAAAGGAUUCGAUGUUGAAAGCUAUCAUUCAAAGCCACUGUUGCCAUGGUGAAGACGCUACACGUGCAUCAACCAAAAUACAAUCAAAAUGGCUGCGGUUCUCCGUCGAACUCCAGAUGUUGCAGGCAUGGAUGUACCCUUAAAGAACCCAGUUAUAAAACCAUAUUACCGAGAUGGCUUCGGCAGUAAGUCAAUAGGGGAGCCAGAGUGGAGGCCACAUCCCAGAAACGCUCUCUCUGUGCCUGGUAGACUUGAUAACACUGCAAAAGGGGGCAAUGGUCUUGACUGGACUUCGAGUAUUCGUUGUGCACCUUUAGAGGAAGCAAGACAUACAUCACGCAGGCCAAGCGAGGAAGCACCACCAUACUACAGCAUGAAAAACAGUGUCAAGUCUACAGCCAGGGAGGAGGCAGCCCAAGCAUCCCACACAGACAAUAUAGAGGAAGAGAAACCCUAUAGUGUCAAGCCUACAGUUGUAUAUGACACAUAUGAUGAUUUUGAACAAAUUUAUUUGAGAAGACCACUGGAGAUAUCUCUAAGAAUGUCUGUUGGGGCAAAGAAAUCAGUAUUUGAACAAAGAAAUGGUAUCCCUGCAGCCUCACUAGGAGAUAAGAGUUACCAGGUCCCAGAAUACUCAUCUGACUUCCAUAAGCAGGGAAGUACAAGGCCUGUUGUUAACUUUGGAGGUUCUCUAAAAUAUGUUCCAGACACCUUUGUUCCUCUUCAAGAUUUGCCAUCUAGACCAAGAACCACUUUUGAAGAAAGACAGAAGAGAAAGGCAAAGAAAGAGGAAAUUGAGGAGGUUAAAAAUUUAGAUCAUUGGAGACCAGCUGAUUUGCUAUCACCUGUGUUGCAGCUUCCUGAAUCACAUGGAUGACAUACAGCAACCAAGAGUUAGCCUUAGAAUCAAUUUCUUCAACUGUAGCUGAUAAUGUAAGGUCAGACUAUUCCCUUUAAAACUUUAGUUAUUGCCUUUAGCAUAGUAGGGAAUUAAUGCAAAUUAGUGGAGAGCAAAGCAUAAAUUGAUAAUUGAUAUUCCACCCAAAAGUGAACUCUGACUGGCCUGUUCUUCUAAACACCAGGUUACAAAUGAUAAAGGCAAUCACUUGUUUCCAUGCAUUAGUCUCUGAAUUAUUCAUCUCGUGGUAAGGAUUAACUGUUUUUGGACAAGUGCUCUUCUGUAAAAUAAUAUACUUCAUGGUAAUGAUACAAAAUGGAGACAGUUCAAGAAAUCAUUUGCUGUCACCAAUAAACACAAUACCACUUUUAAAUAUAUGGAAAGUGUACUUCUAGACCAAGGACAAUAUCAAAAUUAGGAGGGAAAUAGAUUUUAAGUGAUGUAAUUUUUAAGACACUUGUAAAGCCUGCAUAAAUUACAUUUGUGUUAUUUGGUGUUUGCAAUCACAUGCCUGCCUCGGUCACACCUAUCUACAGAAAUCUUGACCUGAAUUGUCUGAUAACUUGCACUGACUUGCAGUAGUGACAGUUUUCUAUAGAUCAUUAGCUAUAGUUACCACAAAAGUACAUGCAGGUCACUUCUUUAUGAAGACAUUGACCAUUCAAUGAAGCUUUCAAAUUAAAGAAAAAAAACAAGCUUUAAAAGUUCUAAAUUUUCUAAGGCAAUGCUCUGUCAUUGUUGGAAAGUGUGACUAGAGGGAUAGUUCUGCUAAUAACUGAACCUGACUUAAUCAAAGAAGGGCUUUUUUGUCACCAAUUUGUCACAAACUGCAGUUCAAGAUUCGUUAAUUAAUACAUAUUUAAAUAUUUUUGCUUUGCAUUAAAUCUGGGGCCGCAGGGUGGAAGUAAUGUUGUAGGACCAGCUUUGCACAAUGGUGUACAAAACUUUCAGUUUAAAUUCAUAAAGAUAUCAAUUCAAAAAACCUUUCCAAAAGAUGGAUAAAAAGGAGGUCUAAUGCCUUAUUGCCGUCUAUUUUUGAUAAAAGACCUGUUUUCAAAUAUUUUGUUGUUGUAUAGUUCAUAUUUGAUCCUGUACAUAUAUUUUCAAUGCACACAGUAUUUGCUAAGAAAAUGCUAUUUUUUAAUA